UAUAUUUCUUAUCGGAAAAAAAAUUUGGUACACAAUACUAAUCAUCGUAUCCCCAGCACAAAUUUGGCACGAUCCCAAGCCGAUCUGGUACUGCGCUGUCUUCACACUAUAGUUCUAUAUUGAAUCCAAAACCUAAUUAUAAUAUGGUAAUUCGCCUUCCGAUGAUGUAAUGUUGCACUUUUUGAUGUCCUCCCUUUCUCCCUGGAUCAGAUUUUCACUGACUCUUGGAUGGCUUCAAUCUCGCCAAGUAUCUUGCUUUCGGACACCAUGAAGCUGGAACGAGAUGACACUGCAUUGAUACGGGGGUUGAGGUGGAUGAUUCUUUCUCUUAUAAAAUCAGAUUUCACAUUCCUGCAUAUCAACGAAUCCUUAGCGUGACAAAAACUAUUUGUAAGUUUAUUUUGCUAACCAUUGUAUCAACCCACUUGUUCUAGUGCUCACCAUUUCUUACUCGCCAUUAUUAUUUUGCCUUCUUUUCAUCUACAACAAAGGUUCAACAACAAUGUUCAAACCUUUACCUCCUAGAACCAUCCCGAAGAUGAACUGGUCUAUAGGAGGCGCAUCGGUAGUGCAAUUUCUCCUACUUGCUUGCGCCUUCUGCAUGGCCAUAACUCCAUCUGUCCUGAAGAUGUAUGAAACAAGCCAUUGGUUUCGGGAGUAUGGCAAUCCAUCCGUUUACGACAAAGCCAAGGAUUGGUUCGGAAACCCGAGCUUGCCCUUUCAAAAAGAAAUUGAAGAUUCGAAAGUGCUGAUGCGAAUCUAUUUCUUCGUUCUCCCAUACAUUGCCAUGAUUGCCUGUCUUGUCCUUGCUCACUUGCUAGCAAAACGAAUGCAGAAUUCAACUCAUUCCUUGACCCGCGGUGUCUUCCGUUGUCGGACUUUCCUACGUCUCGUUCCAUUGCCUAGGUUCAUGGUUUGCUGUGGCGCACCAGAGAGGGUCUCUGCCGGUGAACUCCUGGGCAUUGUUGUCUUUUUGAUCCUCAACCUCGGUACCGUCGGAGUCCGACUUCGGCGAUCGCUUCCCCGUGGUACCCGCAAGAAUUUAUAUUUGGUUGGCGAAGGCGAUGCGGGAAAGGAACCCAUCCCAAUCCUAUCCUGGCCGGCAGUUGAAGUAUUGGGGAAAACACUAGGUGUCAUUUCUAUUAUCAAUCUCGGGUGGUACCUCCUCAUGCCUAUUGGGCGCAAGUCUGUCUUCCUCGAAGCGCUUGGUUUUUCUUGGGACCGGGCCAUCAAAUACCACCGAUGGGUUGGUUUCUAUACCAUUGCAAUAAUGUUUGCUCAUGGAUUUCUUUACUUUGUGGUUCUAAUCUAUGGAGACGGUCAUCCGAUCUAUGAUCCCCAUGGAGAUAUGAUUGAGCAUAAUUUACUUGCGUGGGGAUGUAGCUCUAGUGAAGAUGAGAGCGAAAGUGAGGAUGAAGCAACCGGAUGUGAUGAAGACCAGAAACAAUUGCUCCGAAUGAACACGUAUGGCAUCAUCGCCUUGGUUUUGAUUCUAAUCAUUGCCAUUUUUUCUUUGCCGUACUUUCGGCGCUACCAUUUCGAAUGGUUUUUUUAUAUUCACCACCUCUUCGUGCUGGUUCUCUUUUUUGUGUGUCUACACUACCCCGGAGCUGUAAUUUAUUUGAUACCAGGCGUUGCUAUGUACAUGAUCGACAAGUUAAUGGGAAUGCUUGCCUACAAGAACUAUGCCCUUGCUAAGGUAGAAAUGGUCAGCCCAGACGUCCUUGAGGUGUCCUUCGAGAUUAAAGAUAUCGAUUCCAUUCGGUACGAGGCCGGGCAGUAUGUCUUUGUCAACGUUCCGUUUAUUUCUCAUCUUCAGUGGCACCCCUAUUCGCUUACGUCUAGCCCCAAGGUUGACCCCGGGAAGAUCUUCUUUCACAUCAAGGAGUCUGGAGCAUCUCCCGACAGCUGGACUCGGCAGGUGAUUGCAGCUGCGCGUGCUGCGAAUGGAAAUGGUCUCCCGAUGCGGAUCGAUGGUUUCUAUGGUGACUACAGCAUAGAGAUGCUCAGUCAAAAGAAGGCUAUCGCAUUGGUCGGUGGUGGAAUUGGAGUGACACCCAUGAUUAGCUUGGGAAUGGACUUGGUUGCUACCAAUCCCACACUCCCCGUGACCAUUUUGUGGGUGUGUCGUACAUUACAAGAAUUCGAAAUAUUUGCCACUAAGCUAGCGAAGGCCAUGAACAAGUUCCCAAACCUUUCGGUGAAGGUCUGGAUUACCAUGAGCCACCCCGAAUCCAAGAUUAGAAGGAAAUCAUUCAUCCAAGAAUUGGCUACCGAUGAAGAGAAAUGUGAGAUGAUAAUUGAUCUCCUUUCUCAAACCAUAACCGAGGAAAAUGAUGAUGCAAGUUUAGAGGAUGGCGAAUCUUAUGAUACAGCAACAUUAAACAAUUUUCUUUUUACAAAGUCACGACCACGUUCCGCGCCUCUUGGCAACGCUACAGCAAUGCUUGUAGCAGUUGUGUUUGCCUUGGUAGGAUACAACACCGCGACCAAGGUUUCUCGAAAUCAGGAAAUCCAGACUGAAAAUAUUUCGACACUUGUCGAUAUAGCCUUUGUCACGGGGAUGGUUUCAACCUCUUUUAUUAUUGCUUGGGCAGUACAUGUGAUAUUGGCAUUAUGGAAUCAUAGGAACAAACAACGCAUAACACCAGCGACUCAUCAAACCACUUCGAUCCAAAACAAUACCGAUGAACCCUUGUCUUUCGUCGGUGGAUGUCGCGGAAUGGAACUCAUUGUCACCAUGCUCAAAGGGCGCAUUGGAUGCCGGCCCGACUUUGAAGCUGAAUUGGGCAAUCUUUCACGUUUUCACUGUCCCCACGUUAACUCUUUUGAGGAUGAAUUUGAGAAAGCAGCAACUAGAACUUCAACCUCCACUCGAUUGGGCGUCUUAGCUUGCGGACCAAAGGCUAUGACUGAUGCAAUCAACGAAGCCGUUCAAAAUACCGGCCCCUGGUGGACCUUUUUCAACGCUGGGCGGCUUCGCAAUGCAAAGGAGAAAAGCCACGAUGUCGCUGCCACAUUCGAGUUCAUCGAAGAAGAUUGGGAAUGGUAGUGAUAUUGUAUCGCAUCUUAUCUCUUCCUCUCUACCAUACAUGAAUUUGAUCACUUUUAGUUUGAAAUAUCGUUAUAUGUUGCUCCGUAAAAGUGUUACGGCUUCAUUUCAGAAAUCCAAUAUUAGCACAGCUCAUGGAAUCUAUGUCUUUAGAAACCAUGAUUGGAAUUUAGUGAUUCCACUCACAUUGCAUGUAAAUGCCCAUAAAGCUUCUUGCUAUUAAUUUCCAAGAGAAAGACUAUCCAUAUCGCUAUUACUGUUCCCAUAUUACGGUUACAUGAUGUGCCUUGCCCUCUAAUGUUUCAGUAGGCAGAUCGAAUCCUAGCAAUCCACUGUGCUCAUCAUGUUGGAAAUCGAGCUGUUUGGAGGUCAAUCCACUACGAAUUAGUAAGUAAGAUGGACGUGGCUGGCAAAACGAUACAAAAUGUCCCGGCCCACGAGUUGUUAUAUCCGCGUGCAAUUGUUUGCGCUGGGCAAAUGCAUUUCCAUUUCCUUCCUGGCAUGAAUCGGAUUCGAUAAGACGUCCUGCAUUCAAUAUAGCUCCGCCGGAAUUGAGCAUUUUCCCUAAUCCAAUGGGUGCCCAUUGUACGUUGAAGUCUUCGUUGAGUUGAAUUGGCUGCACGGUGUGUACCUCCCAUUCCCUGUGUUGAAGUACUGUUUCGAUCGUUGAAUCACCGGUCGGCAGAAUUACCAUUGAUUGGGUCCGAUGCGACCAGACUGCAAAUGGGCCUACAAUCUGGCGAAGAAUAUCGACAUCGUGAGGCUUAACGAUUGCUGUGACAGCGGGUGGUGAGGCGUCCAAGACUUCAUUUUCGUUGUUUUCAAAGUUCCACGAUACGCCUUGAACGUUGAAUGUUCCGAUGACCCCCCCAGAGCCUAUGUUCAAACUUUGUUUAGUCGAUAUUGAAGUUUGUUGUGAUCGAUUGACAUUCCAUAUUUUGAGAGCGCUAAUUCCGUCUCGUCCAACAUCGGCAAAGAUGCAGUCCCUUGUGGGUCGGCCAGGUUGCUGUGCUCGCAGAACACUCCCAUCCGGAAGGACUAGUUUCUUUAGUAGCGGGAUAUCAUGCUUUCCCGGGGCAUCCGAUACAUACACCGCACAGCCUCCAAUAGCUCGAGCCGCCGCGUGAAGUUCUGCCGAUUCGUGUUUCGAGUGAAACAUGUCCCAGUCCGGCAAGCAGAUUUCGCCCAGAAACAAGCUGUUAUAUGCCACAUUCACGAGGUGCACAGAAUGGGAUUCUGGCCUAGCCGGAUAGAAAUCGUCCGAGGCCCGUGCGACAGACGUUUUCGCGUAGCGGUAUAGGUUCUCGGUGGAGUGGCACAUGCAGUUGAUGCACUCGGUGGCUUCAGAAGAAGUGGUCGAUGGAAAUCUCAUAGCGACCGACUCCUCCAUGGCCUGCGUAUAAAUUUUUGCAAGAGGUGGGCAAUCGUCGAAGUUGUCGCCACGCAUUCCAGCAGCAGUGAUGCCCGAUUGGACGUCAACCUUCACACCAUCAACACCCGCCGCAACGAGUGGUUCGUGCAAAUGCUUGUAAAAUUUUGAAAGGUCUCUCUUCUUGGCGAUCAGUCCUACUCCAAACAGCGAUGGUGGGUCGAACGCCAUUUCUGGCUCAAUGCGCAGGAGAUGAUCACUGGGCCUCGUCUUAACCUGUGUAACGUCGAUGCCAAUCGACUCUCCCAAUUCCGAUGACACCCCUCUCCAAUAACCGUGGAUCGAAUGC